AUGACCUUCCUCUCAGCACCGAAAGAGCGUAUCGUUGUUUUAGGGUCCGGAUGGGCUGGAUACGCCCUUGCAAAGACAAUAUCACCCUCCAGCGCCUCUCGGAUUCUCAUCUCUCCUCGCUCUCAUUUCGUCUUCACUCCUCUCAUCGCCUCAACAGCCGUCGGCACUCUCGAGUUCCGAGCCGCGGUUGAACCCUGUCGAAAACUUGAUCUCACAGAAUUCCAUCAAGCAUGGGCUUCAGAUAUUGAUUUCACCAACAAAACCAUUACUCUUGAGGCCAACCAGCGCGAUGGCGUUACAGCUCGUUCAGGGAAGGAUCUUCUCAAGGGCCUUGAGUUUCAAGUCCCUUACGACAAGCUCGUUGUAGCUGUUGGUUGUUACAGUCAGACCUUUGGUGUCGAAGGCGUCAAAGAGCAUGCAUGCUUUCUUCGAGAUGCAACAGAUGCUCGAACAGUGCGAUUAAAGGUGUUGCAAAAGUUUGAGCAGGCUGCUCUCCCAAGCACAAACACCGCUCAAAGAAAACGGCUGCUUCACUUUGCGGUGGUAGGCGGCGGCCCUACGGGUAUCGAGUUUGCAGCUGAGCUUCACGAUCUCAUACAUGAGGAUCUGUCCAAGCUCUAUCCAGAGCUAAUGCCUCAUGUCGCUAUCACCAUCUACGAUAUCGCGCCCAAGGUUCUCCCCAUGUUCGAUCAGAAUUUGGCCGCGUACGCAACAAACAUUUUCAGUCGAGAGGGCAUCCGCAUUAAGACGGAGCAUCACCUGCAAAGAGUUCGGCGCGAGGAUGAUGUCCUCCUCAUGAGCAUUAAGGAAGAAGCCGAGGAAGUCGCAGCAGGUGUCGUGGUAUGGAGCACUGGACUCAUGCAGAAUCCUCUGGUUGGACGACUAGUUGGCCGUGAAGUUGGGGACUUGGGCAAGAUCGCAAAGAACCCCAAAACAGGAGGUUUCGCUGUUGAUUCCCAUCUCCGCGUACAAGUCGAAAGCCAAGAUUCCAACGGGAAACAAAUCACGAAGCCUCUGCCCGAUGUCUAUGCUAUUGGAGACUGCGCAAACAUCGAGGGUCAAGCACUCCCAGCUACAGCCCAAGUAGCCAGUCAACAAGCAACGUAUCUCGGCAAGCGAUUCAACUCUGGAACAUCAGCUCAAGGUCCUCCGACUGCGCCCUUCCACUUCCGCAAUUGGGGAACUAUGGCUUAUCUCGGAGGAUGGAGGGCGAUUCAUCAAAAUGGUGCUGAUGAGCUCAAGGGUAGAGCUGCAUGGAUUCUUUGGAGGACGGCGUAUUUGACCAAGAGUAUGAGUUUGAAGAAUAAGCUUAUGAUUCCGUUUUAUUGGUUGAUUACCUGGAUCUUUGGGCGAGAUAUCUCGAGGUUUUGA